UUCCGACAGGGCAUCAGCUGGGGAAGAUCCGGGAGCGAAAGAUCCGGCACUUUCAAAAGGCGCUGGGUGACGAUAAGGAGCAGACUCCGUUGCCGGACGAUUCAAUCUCGCUAAGUGGGGUUGGUCGACCGGCCAGCCGCAAUGGCCAGUCCGAACGAGCUCUAUUCCAUCGGGGAGUCGGGAUCUGGCAAUCCGGCCAAUAAACUGAAUGGCCCACCCGGACCCACCAACGGUUACUCUCCCGUAGAAAACAUGAAGCGUUACAUGGAAUCUUUGCCACAAGAUUUUACAUUCAAAGAAGAAUUAUGCAACCAACAUUUCUGGAAGGCGGUCAGAACUGAGUUUUUGGCCACACUUCUCCUGACCGUCCUGGGCUGUGGUUCGUGUCUGAGAUGGAAAGCUCCUCCAACUGACCAAAUAACAGCCGCCGCGGUGGAGCUACGCGUAGCACUCGCUUUCGGACUAGCAGUGACUACUCUGGUGCAGUGUGUUGGCCAAGUAAGUGGUGGACACAUGAAUCCGGCAGUAACCAUAGCCUUGCUGGUCACCAGGCACAUCAGUCUAACACGAAGUGCCGCGUAUGUUGCCGCACAGUGUCUUGGUGGGCUGGCGGGUGCCGGAAUAUUGUACGGCCUGACUCCACAAGGACAAAGACCGAAUGCCGGACUGGGUGCCACUGAACCAGCUGUUGGAGUAGCAGCAUCCGAAGCAUUCGGAAUCGAAUUUCUGGCCUCCGUCGUAGUGGUCAUCACGGUGCUUUCUAACAUGGACCCCCAUAGGACUGACAUGGGAUUCAGAGCUCUCUCUAUUGGAUUCUCUUACGUCGUCGGUCAUCUUCUUGCAUUUCCUUAUACUGGGGCCAGCUUCAACCCAGCUAGAUCUUUUGGUCCAGCAAUAGUGACAAACACAUGGCGACUACAUUGGGUAUAUUGGGUGGGACCAGUGCUUGGUGGUAUCAUAGGUGGCGUCACUUACGAUUACACUCAAGAAACUCACGCUCAACAGGUUUUAAGGCGAUCUUUUAGAAAGAAAAAUGGCAACACAGUAAUAAACAGAGAUCUAAGCGCCCUCUCCUAUAAUGAAACAGAACUUACUUUGGACCACUGUCGGCUCUGACAUUUAGUGAACACUCUUCGCCAAAACAAACCUCUUUACAAAACAAACUUUUGUGCAUUGUAUCAUUGAUUGUGAUUCCAUGGUUGGUUAUUCUUCUCUAGGGGAGACUAGUUUCAUUUGAUACAAAUUAUUUUGCGAACUUGUUUUCAAAUCCAAUGCUUGUUUUAACUCUAUUCUUCAAAAAUAGGAAACUUCUCCGAAAAACUAAAAAUAUGCUAAAUAAAAGUCCAAAAACCUAUUUUUUAUUUUAUCUAUCCACACAAUUAAGUAAAUGCAAAAUAUUCCUGUAAUAUUCCUUUAAUACAUUUUCAAACAUUUAAAGCGUCUCAGAAACAUUUCUACUCACUUCGUAAAAUGGAGCAAAGUAUGAUUUUCUGAAAGCGUCAAUUAAAUUUUCAUUUACAACAUUUUUAAAUUGCUAAAUAUUACAUUUAGAACAAAACUGUUAUAUUCUCAAAUUUCAAAACACAUGAACUUUUCUUAUAAUAUACAUAACUUUUAUCACGAUUUGGAAAAUCUAAGAUUUUCUGAAAUGUAAAUGGAACGUUUUGCGCCAUAAUGAUGAAUUUAGAAGUAAUAUUUUAAAAACAGCCAAAUGUUAUGUCAGUAUUAUAUUAAUCUAGAAGGAAGGUAAUCAAAU